AUGCCUGCAAUUGACGAUAUCAACUCUGGUCCUGAUACUAUAAGGAUAUUGAUUACUACAGAUAAUCAUGUAGGAUACAACGAAAAUGAUCCUAUACGAGGUGAUGAUUCUUGGAAGACAUUUGAAGAGAUAACAUCUAUAGCCAAAGAAAAAGAUGUUGACAUGAUAUUACAAGGCGGUGAUUUGUUUCAUAUUAAUAAGCCUUCUAAGAAAUCCAUGUACAAAGUAAUAAAAUCCUUAAGGACAAAUUGUCUAGGAGAUCGUCCUUGUGAAUUGGAGUUGUUAGGUGACCCAUCAAUGGCAUUGGGGAAGGAUGUUGAUACCGUGAAUUACGAAGAUCCCAAUAUAAAUAUUUCAGUUCCAGUCUUUGCAAUCAGUGGUAAUCAUGAUGAUGCAACAGGCGAAGGAUUCUUGCUGCCGUUAGAUUUGUUAUCUGCAUCUGGUUUAAUAAACCAUUUUGGAAAGGUCCCAAAUAACGAAGAACUUACUGUUUCACCGUUAAUAUUUCAAAAGGGAGCCAGCAAGUUAGCAUUGUAUGGAUUAGCUAAUGUCAGAGAUGAAAGAUUACAUAGGCUUUUUAGAGACGGAAAUGUUAAGUUCUUACGUCCAAGCAGCCAAGCUGAUGAAUGGUUUAAUAUACUAUGUGUACAUCAGAAUCAUGUUCCACAUACAAGAACAUCUUAUUUACCGGAACAGUUCUUACCAAAAUUUUUGAACUUUGUUGUCUGGGGUCAUGAACAUGAAUGCAUUCCAAUACCCGUAUUUAACCCUGAUACAGGCUUCGACACUUUGCAACCAGGGUCUUCUGUAGCAACAUCAUUAUGUGAAGCAGAAGCAGUAGAGAAAAAUAUAUUCAUAUUAAACAUAAACAAGUCAAAAUAUUCCAUCGAAACUAUAAAGCUUAAAACUGUUCGGCCUUUCAUUAUGGAUGAAGUGUCUUUGCUGAAGGAAAGAUUUAUUUCUGGACCUGCUUCGAAAGAUGAUAUUUCAAAGUUCUUGACAUUCAAAAUUGAAGAGUUGGUGAAGAAAGCCAAACAGCAAUUCUUUGAUUCGAAUAGAGAAAUGUUUUCUUCGAAUAAUUUAGAACAGCAUGAAAAUGAAAUUCCUUUGCCCUUAGUUCGAUUACGUGUCGAAUACUCAGGUGAUUAUGAAGUUGAAAAUCCUCGAAGGUUUUCCAAUAAAUUCGUUGGAAAGAUUGCAAAUAUAAAUGACGUGGUUCACUUUUAUAAGAAAAAGACUUUUGAAAAUAAUGACUUGAAGAAUAAAAGCAAAUUUUCUGAUAAAAAUAUUGCUCAAAAUGAACAUGGUGAUUCUAAGACCACUGAACUUCGAUUGCAAGAUAUUAUGAAUGAAUUCCUUCAACAAGCAGAACUAAAUCUUAUUCCUGAAGAUGGAAUUAACAAUGCAGUUAAAAAAUUCUUGGAAAACGAAGACAAGAACAUUAUGAAUCAGUAUAUCAAAAAUGAAAUAUCGCAAGAAACCAAGAUGUUUUUAGAUAUGGAUAUAGAUGACGAGACAUUUCAUGAUGAUGAUCAGGAUUCAAAGAAGGUCUUCAAAUCUCUUUUGGCACAGAUUAAGAGAGAGAAUACCCCACAAACAGAAAUAAACACUUGGUCAGAUAAAGAUGAUCUGAAUUUGCGAAAAGGCAAGUCUGGUGGUAAAAAACAUGUAAGUGAGGCUAUAAUAAUAUCUGACAGUGAAUCGGAGCCUGAAAUAGAUUCAACUAAAACUAAGAAAAAGGGCCCUAUAAGAAAAUCGGCUGCUCGCCGUCCAAAAGAUGAAAUAAUAGUUAGCGAUGAAUACGACAGUGGUAAUGACCCUAGCGAUAUAGUUAAGUCUAGUGAUGAUGGGAUAGCCAGCGAUGAUAGUUUUGCUGCCCCUAAACGCUCUACUCUGAAACCUGAAAAGCGAUCUGUUAAUGCUACUUCACAAAGAGGAGGCAGAUCAACACGCGGAAGAACAAGAAAGAGUCAGCCUAAAGGAAAAAGUUCAAAUGAAGCCAAAUUAUCUAAACAAACUUCAGAAUCCAGAUCCUUAUUAGAUGACAUUAUGAGUAUGGGAAGCUAG